UUUAAUUUAUAAUUUACAUGCAUUUAUUUUAAUUAGGUAUAAGAUUAUUUACGUAUCAACUACUUUAAAAGUAGGUUCACUCCACUCAGUGCCUUUAGCCAAACGCCACUUUAGCGCUUGUCUACAAAGAGAGUAGAAAACUAAAUGUUUUGGUUUUCUAUUCUACAUGUAGACAAGCGCUAAAUGGCAUUUGGCUACAGCUCGUGGGUGCGUUUACAAACAUACAAGUUCACAUACACAAUGACACCCAGACCCGAAACAACAAUUUGUGGGUCACACAAAGUAUUGUUCCGUGCGGGAAUUGAACCCCCGACACGUUGCACGGUAGCCGGUUGCCCGGUCCAGUCAAACCAGUCAAAUCCAGUCAAAUUAUUUCUAUGUUACAAGUAA